UUAUUCUAUUUCUACGGCAGUUAUCACUGCAGAUUCACCGAACACCGGCACAUUUCGGUGGGUUCUCGUCGUUUUGGCCACGCCUUUUAUUUGACAUCUCAUGCCGCGGUGUGAAUGAAUGAAAACAAUGGAGAGAGGAGGACCGCUUAAAUGCCCCUUUGCCAUAACAAACGCCCUUAAUGGAUAAAAUAAACUAAUACAUUGAGUAUUAGUCAUAUACAUAUGUCACUGGUGCGAUUAUUACGGUGACAAUGGCAGCUGUGAGUCUGACGGAUCCGCUUUGCAAACCUUGUUCUUAUCGUUCACAUUUCAAAGUUGAGGUGUGUGUGAAGAAGCCCUUGAUGCCCAUUCUCCUGAGCAGUGAGCAGGUGGCACUGGAGAUGCUGUGUCUCUGCAGCCAGCUGGAUCUGUUGAUCAGAGCUCAGGUCCAUCAGGAGAAUCUUAAACAGGACUCUAGUCCCGAGGAGUCUGAAAGUUUUAAGAGACAUGGGGCUGAGAUAAUAAAUCAGAUGAACCUGUGUCUUGAAAAUUCGUCUGAACCGGUGCUUCAGCUUGAGGAAUAUUUGGAUGUUAUAAAUUUAUUCGCUAUAUUGCCUCGAGUGGAAGUUUAUAUGAUACACGGAAGGCCUAUUGACACGCUGGGAAAAUCUCUUUCAGAUGCUUAUUUUCCUUAUAUUGGAAGGCUGAACCAGCUGCUGGUUCUCAGUCAGCAGGUAAAUGAAGAUGUGAAGCAUCUGGGGAGUCAUAAGUACAUCGCACAUCAGCUAUCAGCAAUUUAUCAAGUGCUAAAGUCUUUCAAAGACAUCUUGCCAUUCUCCAUCAUAAGAAAGGAUAUUGAGGCCAAUUUCAAGCAGUUGAAAAUGUCUCUUUCGAAAGAGGACGGGUCCAAGCUGGAUCCUCAGUUGCCAGCACAUCUAUUGAGCUGGGUGUCAGAGAUAACACAAAACAUUGUAUCAACGGUACUGACACUCUCAGAAGAGCUCAGCGAAGAGUUCAAUCCGUUCAAGGAACCUGGCUCUAACCUCUCCUAACCACUGGAUCCACAGUGCCUCAAGUGGAUGGCGAGGAAGAGUCACAGAAUAAAAGGGAUUCUCUCGAAAAAUGAUCAUUUUGAGUGUCACUUGAUUUUGUUCAUCUCCUACCACACAUAAGACUGUGAUAAACAAUGUUAUACAAAUCUAUUUUUAAGACCAUGAUGAAACAUUGUUGUCAUAUAAGUUAACAUUCCGAAUAUCACUUCUGAGUAAUUUAUUGUACCUUUCUUGGAUAUUUUUUUUUUAUUGUUUGCUUCGUGAGUUUUCAUGAGUUUUCAUAUUCUUUCUUUAAAUUUUUUUAUUUAUUUAUUUAUUUAUUUAUUUUUUUAUAAUUCAUCUGUAUACUUGAAGUGACUGUUGCACAUGUUCUUCCCAUUGAUGAGUGCAAGGAGUGUUCAUCAGCAUUUAUUACAUGUGUGAUUUCAUAUAAUGUAUAGAUUUCAUAUAAUGUAUAGUGUAUAGCCUGGUCAUUGUCACAAAUAAACUCAAACAAGGUGACCAUGAUAAGUAUUGGUUAACAGUAAAAAAAAAAAAGAAAAUAUACAUAAAUAUAUAUAUAGAAUGCAGAAUCAAUCUGUACUGUAGCUGUGAACCUUCUGAAUUUCUCAAUUUAUUAUAUAUUA